AUGUUGAAGUUCCUCCGCUUCGUAGAGGACCUCAACGGUCGCUGGCGCAGGUUCUCCGGGGGCGCCGAGAGCGAGAUGGACCCCAAGAGCGUCUACUCCAAGCAUGCCUACCGCAUCCGGAAGGGAGACUUGCCGCGGCUGCACAUACCUGCCUUCGCUGGGGACGUGCCGGAAAUGGAGCGCGUCCUCCUGACGGGGAAGUACUUGCUGAACUCGCGGGACAGUGAGAACAGGACUGCUCUGCAUGUGGCCAGUGCCUGUGGCCGUCGAGAAGUGGUCAUUUUCCUGACAGAAGAGAAACAAUGCCAGCUUAAUGUCUGUGACAAUGACUACAAAACACCUCUGAUAGCAGCUGUCCAAUGCCAGGAAGAGGAAUGUGCAACUAUUCUGCUAGAAUGUGGUGCCGAUCCAAACCCUGUGGAUAUCCAUGGCAACACUGCUCUGCACUAUGCUGCCUAUCAUCAGAAUAUCUCAAUGGCUGAAAAACUGCUAUCAGGCAAUGCAGAUAUUGAAGCAACAAACAAG